AUGGCCUCUUUACUGCGACAGAUCGUUGCGGGACCUCGAGCACGGCACGCCGAGUCGGACCUGGACCUCUGCUAUGUUACCAACAACAUCAUUGCAACCUCUGGUCCAUCUGGCACAUAUCCUCAGAGAGCCUACCGAAACCCGCUCGACCGGCUAGUCACCUUCCUCGACUCGAAGCACAAGGGCAACUGGGCGAUAUGGGAGUUCCGCGCAGAGGGUACAGGGUACCCGGACGAGGAGGUCUACGGUCGUGUGCGGCAUUACCCGUGGCCUGAUCACCACCCGCCCCCGUUCCGCCUGAUUCCCAUGAUCAUGGCGAGCAUGCGGAACUGGCUUCAAGGAGGCGAUCUAGAACCAGGCAAUGUUGCCGUCGGCGCUGCAGACAAGGAUGCCGCGGGCAACGACAAGAGAGUUGUCGUCGUUCACUGCAAGGCGGGCAAGGGUAGAAGUGGAACAGUCUCUUGCAGCUACCUCAUCUCCGAGUGCGGAUGGAAGCCGGAAGAAGCACUCACGAGGUUCACGGAGAGGAGAAUGCGCCCCAAGUUUGGAGCGGGUAUCUCGAUUCCUAGCCAGCUUCGGACGAUUACGUACGUCGACAGGUGGACUAGAGGUGGGAAGAAGUACAUUGACCGGGCUAUCGAGAUCAUGGAGAUUCAUGUCUGGGGUCUGCGCAGUGGUGUAAAGUUUGAUGUUGAAGGUUUCGCCGAAGAGGGGAAGAAGAUCAAGGUCUUUCACACAUUCAAGAAGAGUGAGAGGAUCGUCGUCCAAGGCGAUACACCCAGCGGAGGAGGAGUAGGGUCUAUGGUAUCCGAUCUCGCCAGCGUUAGUGUCAAACCUACAGAGAAGGCGCCCGCCGCGGCACCUCUGUCGCAAUCUACCAACACGAACAAUGCACACAGGAGCAGCUCAGACAAGGAGGCCUCUGGAGCUGAGAUAGAUGAUGCCACGCCUUCGCGGAGCGAGUCAAAGAAGUUGCGCAAUGCAAAGACGACGUCCUUGAUCCGGACGCCUGAGCCCAGCGUGGCUCAGAAGAGAAGCGAUACAGGUUCUCCGUUCGCAGGGCAGUCAACCACACAGUCCCAAGGGAAGUCAAACGAUGGCGAAGACGGCGAGCCGGGCGGCAUGGCCGUCAUCCUCAAACCAAAGGAGGCCAUCCACAUCCCCAACAGCGACGUCAACAUCUCCGUGGAGCGCCGCAACCGUACCUCGUCCUCCAUGGGUCUCACGAUGGUGACCGCGGUCGCCCACGUCUGGUUCAACGUUUUCUUCGAGGGCAAUGGCCCGGAGCAAGACGGCAAGGCUGAUGCCAGCGGCGUUUUUGAGAUUAUCUGGGACGCCAUGGACGGUAUCAAGGGCUCCAGCCGCAAGGGCUCCAGGGCCUUUGAUAAGAUCGCCGUUGUCUGGCGUGUGGCGGAUUCUCAGCGGGCAGAGGACGGCGGGGACGAGGUUGUUGCGCCGACGGACGGGGAAAUCAUCAAGGAGCCGUCUUCUGGUUCGCCCGUGCCGCAGAUGAAGCCUGCCGACUGGAAGGGUGAUAACAAGGAGGAUCCCGUCGCAGAGAAGCACCUGGGGUUGAGGAAUGAGAGCCCCGAGAGCGCGGACGUGAGCCGGGCGAGCAGCGUCAAGGACGCGGAUGUGUUGAACAACAAUGGCAAGGAUGGUAAUGAUACGGAUUCGAUGGAGGGUGUCAAAACGAGCGGGCCGUCGGGGGAGGAGCAGCUCGAUGCUGAGGAUAUUGAUGUGAAGAAGGUUGAGAAGAAGGUUGAGAAGGAGGUUGGACGAGGGAGUUUGAACAGACAGGCGGAGUCUGGGCCCGAGUUGUUGGAUGCUCCUGACACGGCGAGCGGGACGACGGCGCUUGGGAGCACGGAGGUGAAGAAUUGA